UAUUACGAGUUGAAAUGUUAUUAUUGAGCUUAAGAAAAUUUAUAUUUUAUUUAUUAUUUGUCCAUUGCUCGUCUUUCCUACAUGACUGGUCUGUGUUAAAGAAAACGUUUCGCUUAUUUCAACAGGCCAAGCUGCAAACGAGCUUGGAGCGUGCCCAACCCAAUUAUGACAUUGUGUUUAAAUGUCGUUCCACUAACAAUCAACAGGUUGAUGAUGAAACUAAUUUUGAUCUACAACUGGGAGAUUUAAAGGGAUUUCACCGUUUAAGGUCACAUAGAAGCGUGGCACUCUUUUUGCAUGGCUGGAGGGAUGAGGGCAGUAAACAGUGGGUGCAAGAAAUGUUAACAACUUGGAUUCACUUUCAGCCUAGUCAUUAUAUUUGUAUAGUUGAUUGGGGUCAUCUCUCACAGAAUGAUUACAAAGCCGCUUCGGGAUCUAUAUUUGAGGUAGGUCUCACAGUGGCCGCUAUAGUCGAGUCUAUGGAAGCGAUAAAUCCUCGCUUCAGUCGUAAAAAUGUUACUAUAGCGGGUUUUAGUUUGGGAGCACAUGCAGCUGGAUUUGCCGGAUCAUUAUUAAAUGGUGAAUUGGAGCAAAUUAUCGCUUUGGAUCCGGCUGCACCCAUGUUCACUAUGCCAACCAUUGUUGCACCCAAAUAUCGUCUCGACGAAAAUGAUGCUCAGUUUGUUCAAGUGUUGCACACAUCAAGCGGUACUUUAGGUACAAGCCUUAAGUGCGGCCAUGCUGAUUUCUAUCCCAACGGUGGCACCGUACCUCAACCUAACUGCCAACAAUCGAGCCAAAUUCCAGAAACACGUAACCGCAAUCCGAUCUCUUGCAGCCAUUCAACAGCCGCUGUAUUUUUUAAACAAUCAAUGGACCCAAUUUACCCAUUUCUCGGCACUCAUUGUGACAGUUAUACGGAUUUUGUUAACGGCCUUUGCGCACAUGGUCAUCUUGGCCGCUUUGGCGUGCAUUCAAAGCAACUCAAUCAUGGAAAUUUCUACUUCAUUACAGAGCCUGAGGAGCCGUAUGUAAAGCCAGUGAGCAUAGCUCGACGACGGUUCGUAACGUUAUUGCGAUUCAAUAAACUCAUUUCUUAA